CCCGAACACAGGAGCCUGCCCCCAGGAGUCUCCCCACUCCAGUGCUACUUAAAGGACCUGAUCCCAGUCUGUGGCUGCAUCUGUCCCUAGUCCACCACCGCAAACCCAGGAAGAUCUAGGAUGGGGGCCUCUCCCUUUCUGCUCCUCCUAUUGCUUUUCAUGUCCACCCCAGGAGCCCCGGGAGCCCACCCCGGCCUGGUCGCAAGGAUCACCAGCAAGGGCCUGGAGUAUGUGGCCAAGGAAGGCCUUAUAACUCUGCGGCAUGAGAUGAAUGGAAUCACGCUACCCGACUUCACUGGGGACUUCAAGAUGAGCCGCUUGGGCCGCGGGCACUAUGAGUUCUACAGGCUAAAGGUCCACAGCUGUGAGCUGCCCAGCGCCUCCCUCUCCCCUCUGCAUGGCCAGGCCCUGAGCCUCUCCAUCUCCAACGCCUACCUCAGGGUCAAGGGCGAGUGGAAGGUGCGCAAGUCAUUCAUGAAGCUCCAGGGGUCCUUUGACAUUCAGGUCGAGGGCAUCACCAUCUCAUCCGACCUCCUUUUGGGUGAGGCCUCAGGGAGACCCACAGUCACUGUCUCCAGAUGCAGCAGCCACAUUCAGGAUGUGGAGGUGGACCUUUCAGGAGACUUGGGAUGGUUGCUGAAUCUCUUCCACAAUGCUAUCGAGUCCAGGUUCCGAAGAGAAUUAGAAAGCAAGAUUUGUGAAAUGGUCCAGAACGUAGUGACUUCUAACCUACAGCCUUAUCUUCAAACCCUGUCAGUCACAGCAGAAAUUGACAGUCUCAUCAGUGUUGAUUACAGCUUAAUGGAGGCCCCUCGGACAACAGCCCAAAUGCUGGAUGUGAUGUUUAAGGGAGAAUUUUUUCACCGUGAUCCUCGCACCCCAGUGGGCAUCCUGGCUCCUGUCAUGAGCCUUCCUGAAGAACACCACCGCAUGGUCUACUUCGCCAUCUCUGACUAUGUCUUCAACACAGCCAGCCUGGCUUAUUACCAUGCAGGGUACUUGAACUUCUCCAUCACAGAUGAUGUGAUUCCACCCAGCUCUAACAUCCGGCUGACUACCAAGUUCUUCCGCACCUUCGCCCCUAGGUUAGCCAGACGUUACCCCAACAUGAAUUUGGAGCUCCAGGCAACAAUGGUGUCUGCCCCAUUCCUGAACUUCAGCCCUGGGAAUCUGUCUUUGACCCCUCAUAUAAAUAUUGAAGGCUUUGUGCUCCUGCCUGACUCUCUCAGAGAGCCAGUCUUCCAGCUUGGUGUGGUCACUAACAUAUCUGCCGCAUUGACCUUCAACACCAACAAGAUCACUGGGUCCCUGCAGCCAGCAAAGGUGCAAGUGGAACUGAAGGAAUCCAAAGUUGGAAUAUUUAAUGUGGAGAUGUUGGAGGCGCUGCUCAACUUCUACAUUCUCAACACCCUCUACCCUAAGGUCAACGAGAAAUUGGCCAAAGGUUUGCCUCUUCCUCUGCCUGAUAAUAUUCAGCUCUACGAUUUUGCCCUUCAGGUCCAAAAGGACUUUGUUCUUGUGGCCACCAAUAUCCAGUACCUGAGAGACUGAGAACAAGAGGACAAAUGGGGCUUGGAGGUCACAGCUGGACUGGCAAAUUGCAUUUCCAGAUGUUCCACGCGUUCCUAGAGAUUCUGGGAUGAUCAAGACAAUUCUGUUGUCUCUGGCUUUUGAUCCCACACUCCUCUUUGGCAGACAACCUUUCUGACUCCACAGCUCACUUUCUCUGCCAUGUUGGACCACAGGACCACUGCUCUGCGAACUCUUCCCACCCACCCCCCGCAAACUCUUUAAGAGCAGGCAC